UACUUGUGAAGACGGGUAUUUACCCGAUUCCCUGAAUCCGAUCCCAAUUCCCAUUCAUUACAACCUUCAUUUCGCUGAAACCGAUCGGAGUUCACGAGAGGAUCAUACAAAAUAGGAAACCGGCGAUCGGAAGUUCAACAGAUCAACCAACAAAGGCUGCACGGACGCGUAUGAUAGUUGUUCGCUUGUUUAAGGAAGAUGGUGAAGUUGACUAUGAUUGCUCGUGUAACGGAUGGCCUUCCAUUAGCUGAGGGGCUGGAUGAUAGCCGUGAUGUUCCAGAUGCUGAUUACUACAAACAGCAAGUCAAGUCCUUAUUCAAGAACCUCUCUAUGGGCCAUAAUGAGGCAUCAAGGAUGUCCAUUGAAAGUGGACCUUACAUUUUCCACUAUAUCAUUGAAGGGCGCAUUUGCUAUCUGACAAUGUGUGAUCGCUCUUAUCCAAAGAAACUUGCCUUUCAGUACCUAGAAGACCUUAAGACUGAGUUUGAGCGUGUUAAUGGAAGUCAAAUUGAAACUGCUGCUAGACCUUAUGCCUUUAUCAAAUUUGAUACAUUCAUACAGAAGACGAAGAAACUGUACCAGGAUACCAGAACUCAACGCAAUGUUGCAAAGUUGAAUGAUGAACUUUAUGAAGUUCAUCAGAUAAUGACUCGAAAUGUACAAGAAGUUCUUGGUGUUGGUGAAAAAUUGGACCAGGUCAGUCAGAUGUCCAGCCGUUUGACAUCAGAAUCCCGCAUAUAUGCUGAUAAGGCGAGAGAUUUGAAUCGUCAGGCUCUGAUACGGAAGUGGGCUCCCGUUGCUAUUGUCAUUGGAGUUGUUAGUCUCCUCUUCUGGGUUAAAAACAAGAUUUGGUGAUGCUGCCAUCAAAUGUACAGCUUAGAAAUGAUGUUACUCCAGCAUCGGACAGUGGGCAACUGACAUGACCACAGUGGCCUUUGUUUUCUGCGGAUGGGGAGAUUCAAGACAUGUCACUUUGAUAAUGUAGAACAGGGGAUGUGAACCAUGACGACUGAAUGUCGCUAAUACUUGAGAAAUGAUAUUUAAUAUGAAUAGCUCAGCAUGUAUUUUUCUUAGUACUCAUCAACAAAACUUGCCUUCCAAUAGGUAUUUGUAAUUCUGAAAUGCCGUUUUAGCUACUUUAGUAUAUGUUUGUAAAUUACAGUGGUAGCCUUAUU